AUAGUUGGAAAUAAACUUGUAUUAGUACCAUAUAAAAGGAAUCAUGUAGAAAAAUAUUGGGGAUGGAUGUCAAGCGAAGAAAUUAGGGAACAAACAGCAUCAGAUUUAUUAACCUUAGAGGAAGAGUAUGAAAACCAACAAAGUUGGUAUGAAGACGAGCACAAAAUAACAUUUAUUAUUUUAGACAAAGAUUUAUUAAAAGAUAGAGAAUGGCAAUCAAAUCAAGAUGACAUCGAAUCAAUGGUUGGUGAUGUAAAUAUAUUUUUUAACGAGUAUGAAGAUGAAGGUACAGGUGAGUUAGAGAUUAUGAUAGCUGAGAAUUCCAGCAGAAGAAAAGGUUUAGCAAAAGAAGCCUUGAAUAUAAUAAUGCAAUAUGCAAUUGAAAAGCUAUCAUCUAAAAAAUAUAUCGUUAAAAUUGGCGAAGAGAACCAAGCAUCCAUUCAAAUGUUUAAAUCUAUGGGUUUUGUUCAAGUUGGUGAAGUUAAUGUUUUUAAAGAAGUAAAUUUGGUUUUAGAGUUCACCGAUAAUGUAUUAUUAAAUUUAAAACAAUUAAACGAAAAUUUAAUUUACAAGCAAUGGGAAUAA